CUGUACUCGAUAUGCCCGUAUGGCGGGUAGCACACAAUGAGCCAGCUUCAAGACUUUAAAGCAGCUCUCGACGGCAUUGCCGCCGGAGGCUGGAAUAAGCGGCAAGAUAACAUUGCAGUUGACAUCAGGAAGCUGCUCAAAGGAGCUACGGUAGCCGAGAUAGAGGCGCAAUGCCCAGGUUUCUGGAGCUCAGCGCUGGCCGCCCACGCGCAAGCUUCACGGGCCCUGGCUGCCUGUCUCGAUGUCCCACAAUUUUGUGACCUGUGUGAUGUGUUUCAAGUGGCACGCCUUGAGCACUUGAAAGGUGUACCCGCCAGCGACCCGGCACUAUCGUGCCUGGCGCUCGCACUCCUGCGGGGCGACACCUUCAGCGUGUACGCCCAGGGUCUGUCUCGCGUGCGGGCGUUCGUAACAGCAGCCACAGACGCGGCUUCCGGGGAGCUGGGCGGUCUCCAGUGCGCUGAUGAAGGGCCGCGCAGCGGCCCCUCAACGGCCUCGGCUGGCGCCGCCGCAGCCUCCCGCAUUGACGCAACAGCGCCCAACAGCGCAAGCGACGGCGCGCAACGCAGCCUCGCUUAUCUCACGAUGAAGCUCCAACUGCUUGUGCUGGCGAGCCAUCGGCUUGUAGAUGCGGCCGUUAUGCUGCUCGGCAUUUGCGCCCGCCUCAAUCACGUCGAGGCAGUGCGACAUGAGGCGCUCGAGGCGCUGGCAAGGAGCUCUAUGCUGGAGCACGUGGCGGCGGCGCUGCUGAGCCUGGACCAAGCUCUGGCGACCCAGAUGGCCGUUCUGAGGUCUGCAGCGGGUGCUAGCGUCGCGGCAGGGGGGCACGCAGCCGCAGCGGCAGCUGGGUUGGCGGCGCCGGCAGCUGCGGCGGUGGUGGCUGGGUUGAGCUUGGAUGCUCUAAAUGCAUGCCGCGGCUUGAAGGGAUUCAUGCAGGAGACAUACAGAAUGCUCUAUGUCUCGCUGGAUAUGCACAGCAUGCGCUGCGACUGGCCGCCGCCCGAGUCCCCCCAUUGGUCGCAACAGCCACGGUUGCUGCAGCCGCUGCCAGCAGGCGCUGGCGACGCUCCAGAGCCCGCGCCGCCCCCAGCAACAGCGCCUGCAACCGCUUCGCUUGCCCAAAGAGCCGUGCUCGCGCCUGCAGGGACGACUCAGCGGCGGCGCCAGCAGCUGCUGAUGCGAAUCUUCAGCGCCCCGUCAUUCCAGCUUUUGGCGCUCCUGCAUCUGGAUGUGCCGCUAGCCUGGGAGCGGGGGCUUGGGAAGCGGCCCGGAGACGAAGCACAGCUGCAGGGGGAACAGCAACGUAGCCAGCAGAGCUUCAUAGGGGCGGCCGCGGCUCACCCAGGGUCGGCAGCCGCUACCGGCAGCCCAGACCACAGCGAGAGGGGUGCUUGCAGCUGCGGGGUCCCGUGGCUGCGAGGUGGGGCGCUGCCGGCGUGGGGCCCUGCGGCGGAGCUUGACUUCACGGAUGCCGCCAGCUCGGUUGAGGGAAUUUGCUUCAUCCUCGAAGCGGCGGCCACCGUCGUGGCACUCAGCGCUGCUGCGUCUGCUGCUGUGGGCCCGCACAGCCGCGCUGCUACGGACUCAGACGCAGGCGCAGCCGCGGGCGCAGCUGGUGGAACGGCGAGUCAGCUGCCGCCGCCGCUGCCACUUGUCAACUGGUACGACGCACUUCAGGCAGGUCUGCGAGCCGCACGACCGGCGGUGUUAGCCUAUGUGGCCGAUGCGGCGGGCUCGCCCCAGCGCAUGCUCUCUGUCCGGAGGCAGUGGUGGGCGGGAAUGGACGCAGCUGUGCGGCUGUUUGUGCUGCUGCGGCGGCGGCAGGCGGCUGCACGGCUGCCGGCGCUGUGGCAGCAAUUAGUUGCCAUGCUGCCGGCGCUUCCAAUGUCUUCGUACCAGCGUCAGUCAUUCCGCCCGGACACAUUUCACUGCCUAGCUGACGUGUUGGCGUCUCCAGCUCUAGCAGCGGCGCCAGGCCCUCAAGUGCAGCGACGGCAGCAACAGCUGCAGCAGCAGCUUCCGCCCAGCCCCUCGACAUCUGGGUCAGCUGCAGAGGACGGCAGCAGCACCCGGGGCACCGGAGGCGGUUGCAGCUACAGCCUGCGCUGCGCGCUGGACGCGGGGCUGCUGCCGGCGCUGGAGCAGCUGCUGCGGCGGGCGGUCGCGGGGCUGCCGGCGGUGCAGCAGCCGCCCCCAGUCGAUGCCACGGCGCGGGUCUGUGCCCAAGAACAGGCACAGGCCGCCUGUGUGGUCCUGGGGUUACUCCUGUGUGAGUCCGGUGUGUGGUCCGAGGUGCUUGCGCACGGGUCUGCUGCAGAGGUGGUGCCGCUGGUGGCGACGCUCUCGCGUGUGGCUGCCGUUGUCACCGACGCGGCGGCGGCCGCGGCGCAGACGACGAAGGAUGUGGGGGCAUUGCGGAGCAAGCCGGAGCAGCGGCUAGCUCUGUCGGUGUGCCUCAAUCUCGCAGCCCUGCUGGAGCAGCAGCAGGCGCAGGCAGCAGCUGGCGGGCCCUCGCGCUUGCUCCUGCAGUCGCAAUUUGACGUGCACUCGGAUGGCCUUGCGCUGAGCCGCUGGGUGUGCCGCAACCUGGGUGGCGACAGGGACCGCGGCGCGGCCGCAGUGGCGGGCGCUGCUGCUGGCCCUGAGCCCGCAGGGGCGGCGGGCGCCGCUGGGCCCGCGUGUGCAUCGACCGCAGCAGUGCCGUCGCCGCCGCACCCGCAGCGCCUGCUGCUGGCGGACUGGGCGGCGUUGCAGUGGCUGCCGGUGCUGCUGCGCGCGUCGGCCGUUGACCUGAUGGCGAGUGGCAUGUUUGACACGGCUCUCCCGGAGCCGCUGGACACGGGCCGCUCGGGCGCGCUGCUGGUGAGCCGCCUGGCCCGCAGCCUGGUGCAGCUGUGCCGCCACUACUUGGCGGCCGUGUGGCGAUUCAGCCGCGGAGAGCGCGUCAUGGGCGGCCACCCGUACCCCAGCUCGAUGCAUGUCGCGGAGCAGGACAUCGAGGUGCGAGCGAUACGGAAGGCCGAGGUGGAAGUAGCAUGUAGGCCGCUCGAGCAGAAGGUGGCGCAGCUGCGGGAGCGGUCGCGGCGUGUUCAGGUGGAGGCAGAGGCACAGUUGGCAAGGAUAAACCCGAGGGCGGCGGCGGAGAUGGCGGCGACGAGGAGCCUGGUGGUGGAAAAUGAGGCGUUGCGCGCUGAGACGGAUGCGCUGCAGGAGCAAUUGGCUCGGGCUCGUGCGACGGCGGCACAGGCGUGCGCGCGGGGAGGCGUGCCGGACUACGGCGACGGCCUGGUGUGGCACCUGGCCCUCGGCGACCCCGGCAAUGCCCUUGGUGUUGUCGGACUGGAGGCAGCGACCCUGUGCGCCACCCAGCACUUCGUGGCGGCGGUGCAGCGGCUGAAAUCCGCGGCAGCGGUGGGUGGCGUACUGGCGGCGGCAGCAGCAGUGGCGGGUGGCGCAGCUGCAGAAGCAGCAGCAGCGACAGCGGAAGCGGAAGCGGCAGGCUCGGCGGCUGCAGUGGCUGCUGGAGGUACCGCAGACGAGGCCGGUGGGGGCGGCGGUGCAAGUGGUGUGAUGCAUGAGCGAGCUGCGCGUCGCGGCGGGGACACCGAAGCCACGGCAGACGCAGCGGCGCUCGCCUCAGCGGUGAUGGAUUUGGCGGAGGUGGCCGCUGUGCGCGUCUGGUUUCAGCGCACCGUGAUCGACAGGGAAGACCAGGAUGUAGACCUCCAUGUGAACCUUGGGAUCGCUGUCGGCAUCAGCGGCGACAAGCUGCUGAAGUGGCUGCAGAGGUUUGGCUUACGCCGGCGGCCGCGGCUGGAGGCGGUUCUGUGGGCGCCGUACCGGAAGGAGCAGGAGGCGGCAGGGGCCGCCGCAACAGCAACAGCAACAGCAACAGCAACGGCGGCAGGCGGGUCGGCGAGCCCAGGGGCGAAAGCCCAGCAGCGGCGGGGCGGCCGGCAGUCGGCAGCUACAGCGGCGGAUGAGCAAGCGCGGCUGGCACGGCAGGCGGCGCGGGAGACCGCCGUGCUGGCGUUGUUGGACGAGCUGGCUGACCGGUACGGGCUGGCGGACCUGUUGCCGGAUCCCGCGUUGAACGACACGGAUCCUGCUUGUGCUCUGGUGAGGGACCCUGCAAUGCUAGGACAGCGGCUGCUGCGCGGGAGUGCCCCCGUGCGAGCGGACACAGCGGGCGCGGCAGCAGAGGCAGGGGCGGCGGCUGGGGCGUCAGGCUCAGAGGGCGGAGCCGGGGUCAGCACCAGCAGCACCACCAGCAGCGGUGGUGAUGGUGGCGGGGACAAGCCUUCUGCACCGACUGUGCCCGGGCAUGUGUCGGGCGUGGGGCUGUGCUGCAACCCGGCCUGCCGCAACCUGGACGGCCCCAGCGCGCUUCUGCCGCCGGGCGCCGGCAAGGUGUGCGCGCGCUGCAAGGCGGUGCGGUACUGCUGCGGCGCCUGCCAGCUGGAGCACUGGCGACAGCGGGGAGGCCACAGCGAGGACUGCGCGGGCAUGAAGGCAAAGCAGCAGGCGGCCAGUGCCGGCAAGUAGCGCAAAGUCAAGGCGCCCGUCAUAGGACGCAGGGUGUCAGGAGAUAACGUAAUAAGAGAGCUCAUGAGCAGAGGAGCUGGUGCGGACUUCUGAGUAUCAGCGUUGAUAGAGUUUGUGUGACGCAUAUGACAGUGUACCAAGUAUACUGUGAGUGUAUUACGCUGAGAGCCGUAGCCCUGACAAGUGGACAAAGCUUUUGCGGAUUGUGCAAGCGCGGUUGGUUGUAGUGACAGGCAUGUUAUACGUUUUUUGGCAUCGAAGGGAGUGUCAGGAGAGGAGGUCACAGCACAACUGAUCCAGGAGCCGAUGGGCUGGCGUGGACUCCUGCACUAUCAGCGGUGGUAGCGGGUUUGAUGUUGGGUUGCGCACCGGGUGUUGGAAUUUGCGUGAAGGUUGCUGCGUUGUGUUCCCGUACGCACUCUGGGAUUUCCUAGAUCGUGCACUGCUCCUCACUCAAGGGCAUGUCGUGGUCUACGGUGUUGAAGUAACUGUGACAUACGUGGCUGCCGCGAAUGCACCUGCCAGGAAAUGCAGCCAACUGCGGACGGGGCGGCGGGAGGAUGCAGUUUUUGCAUCGUGGUAUUUGUAGUAAGUGACAAGCACAGCUGGCCGAGGGGCCGGGCUGGUGGAUAGAGGUGGAGGCUACGUGAUAAGAGGCUAACGGAGUAGAGGCCUGAGUAGAGGCUAGUGGCACAGGGGCAUGUGGAAUCGACGCUAGAACAGCUAGAAUGGACUAGAGGCUGUUAGGGGUGUGCGAUGGGACAGUGUCAAGACAGGUUGGUGAAGUCCCGCAGGGUGCAGCUGAUUCCCAGACCCCAAGAGAUGGCAAACAAUUUGCAAGGGCAGGGCAGGAGUGCGCGGCUGGUCGAACGCCUGAGUUACUGUACUGAAAAGUUGCUGGCUGGCUGGAAGUUUGCUGACGCGCAUUCCU